AUGCACUUCUCCUCGCUGCUCCUGGGCCUCGCGGCCACCGCGUCUGCCAUCGACAUCCGUGGCCACGCCCUGGACAGCUGCAACGGGAGCUACAGGGCCUGCACCAACAUCAACCCGCGGGUGUGCUGCAUUUUUAGCGAGUCUGCCUCCAGCGGCAGGGUCAGCGUGGAUGUGGUGGCCAUCCCAACCAACUGGCGCAUCUCAGCCCAGAGCUGGACGGGCGGCGCCUGCAGGUUCAUCGGAACCCUAGGCUCCAGCGGCGGCAGCCGCUCCAUCUGCCUGCCAUACACAAACCGCGGCGAUCGCACGGGGGGCCAUUACUGGUUCAACAGCCUGAAGCGCUCCGUCGACGAUUCGUGCCCCGCCGAGCAGCCGGGCGGCGGCAAGUGCGAUGCCGGCGUCCAGCCCGAUGUCAUUGGACUCGCCGACGGUACCGAGUACAGCAUUGCCGGCUUGUCGGCCGACAAGGUUGAGGAGAUUGAAAAGAUUGCCGACUCCGGUGCCGGUGCCGAAGCCAUGCCCGCCGAGUUCCAGGUCCUCCGCCGCUCGAUCGAGGCCUGA